AUGCGAUCAAUAAUCCAUCUUGUUCAAUAUGCCAGUGGACCGAGUGCACUUCCCAAUCCACUCCUGGGAUGUGCAGCUGCCAUUCGCCUGACCUUAACGUCCCAGAGCUUUUUUCACUUCAUGUUAGGUGGAAUUCCACACGGAUCCCGCUUUGACCGCUCGUGGUCAGGUGCUGCUACGACCGAGAAGCCUAUCCCGCGAAAGGCUGACCAGCAGUUCGGGACGCUUGCCGGUCUGGUAUCAAGCCAAGAACUGAUUAGUCGAAAGUCCGGACCCUACAGCCACGCUGUACAAUUGUCCUUGACUUCGUUUUUGGGCGCUAAUAUACCUUGUGCACCUUUGGCGCGACUGAAACAUGAGGCAGCCUGGUACAGCACAUUCAGUGGCCUGGAGACAUCAAAACCGAGAGAUUCAGCUGGGUUCCAG